AUCUUGAUAAGGGUUGGAACUCUCUAGAAAACAUAGUCCAACGUGCGGUUAAACUUGGCUGUUUUUAUCGUUUUCUCUCAAUGAAGUGUCAGUUGUUUGCAAGGCCAAGAUGGAGUACUUCGCCAAGUUGGGAUGUCUUCUCAUUGACCAUGGAACAGAAGGUCUAAGAAAGUACUUCCAAAAUCACAUACUAUGUGGACAGACACCACAGCAGUUCUUUACUACAAACAAAACAGACAUUGACGAUCUCCGUCAUGGAAGACAUGGGUGCAAGAGACUUAUCAACAAGAGGCAAUAUGAUCUGAUCUUCCCUGCCAAUAAUCAGCCACCUAAUUUGAAAGUAUUUGACAUCACCCUCACCUUUUUAUUAAUUCGACAGUUCCAAGUGGGGAAUACCCGUCCUAAUGACCCAGUUUGGAAUGAUCCAGCAAAAGCUGCAGGUGCCCCACAAGACAUGCAGGACAUCAUUCUCCUCAAGUUUGAACGUAAUUCACUUGCUCACCGUGAAUCAACUGACAUAACCCCCAGUGAAUUUGAACAGAAGUGGACCACUAUCUCCAGUGCCGUUAUGCGCCUUGAAGUGUUGACCACGGAAGAGAUACAAGGGAAAUUUCUUAUCAAAUAUGCAUCUUACGUGGCUACCUGGAUGAGAUGGAAAUGUUAA